AUGGCGUGGCAGAACGCAGGAGGUGGACAGACGGGAAAUAUGGCCGAGUCCAGUGGUGUUCAAGCAUACACCCUGCAAGGUGUGAUGCGCUUCCUGCAGACAGAAUGGCAUACCCACGAACGCACGAGGAACGCCUGGGAAAUCGAGCGCGAAGAAAUGAAGAAGCGCGUAGCGACUCUAGAAGGUGAAGCACGCAGCUCUAAAGGUCUACGCGGUGUCCUCGAGCGCCAGAUCCGCAUGCUCGAAUUUGCGCUGAAGAAGGAGAGGGAAAAUGUUGCGAAACUCAGGAAAGGCGAAUUCGUUGAUUUCUCUAAAGACUCGAAAGAGCUAGCUCAGCAAGAGAUCGAGAAGCUCAAGGAACAAGGCAAGGUUAUUGUGCCCAAGGCUAUAACCCAGUUCGACAACGAGAUUGAUGCUGAGAACCAUCUCUCACAAGGCAUUCGCCAGGAGAAGGAGAGGGAGAAAUCCAAAAGUUUCCUGACACAAUGCUCGAACGAAGUAUCUUACUACGUCCUGCCAGGCGUCAAAGCUAUGACCGAGUAUAUGGAUUUACCAAGUCUCAACCACGUUGCAGGACAGGGACAACCCAGCCAACAAGAAUUACACGAAGCAUACGCUCAGAUACAAGCACAGAAACAGCAGCACAGAAAUAAUAUGCAAAUGGUAAGGGAGAAUGUCCAACCCUCACAGCAAUCCGUACCAGCCUAUACCGAUUCCACGCCACUUGUGCGUUCUAAUACUCAAAUUCACAACAACCAAUUACCAGUACAGGAACCCGAACGGAGAUUUGUAGAAACACCCAUAAUAGAAAGUCGAAAAAUGCCUUACCAAGAACAACAACAGCAACAUCCUCAAGAAGAGCAGGUCGAAUCUGUCUCACAUAGUUUUGAUGGCUACGGCCGACAACUACCCACGAAGGACGAGAAUACGCACGCGAAGAUCACUACUAAGAACGAGGCGGAUGUGUCUGAUGGAUGGGAUUUUGAUGACGCUCCACCACCCAUACAACCUGCGUCAGAACUGCAGAGUUUGCAAAGACCUGACACAGAGGCAUUUCCUUCUUCGAUACCCUCGAAGUCUCCUACACGCUUACCAGGAUCGCACAGGAGAAGGAGUUCUGGCGCAAGGCGGAAGAGCUCCGAUAGUACUGAUGUCGGUGGCUUAACUAAUAAUUUGAAUGUUGAUGCAUCACAGUUCAAGGUUCGGUUUGCAAUGCGAGGACAUCUGGACGUCGUUCGUUGUGUCAUCUUUACUGGAGGUGGUAGUCCUGCUGAUCCUGAAUUUUGUACUGCUGGUGAUGACGGGACCGUCAAGAGAUGGCAUAUUCCAGCUUCCUAUGGCGCGAAUACACUAGGCGAGGAUCUGGAUCGAACAGCACAUUUCACGCACAGGGGACACAACGGUUCAGUAUGCUCCUUAGCUGCUUGUCCUGCCUCGCUCACCUUUUCGAAUGGUGGUCGCGUUGCAGGUGACGGAUGGAUCUUUUCAGGAGGAGAGGAUGCUAGCGUAAAAGUUUGGGAAAGAGGGCGGGUCGACGCAAAAGCAAGCUUGGAGGGUCAUACAGAUGCUGUUUGGGCUCUUUGCGUCUUGCCAUGCACGACAGGCUCUGUGCUUGGCGAAAGGUCUGCAUCCCUUGGCGGUCCUGAAAGGAUAUUACUCGCCGCAGGUGCUGCGAAUGGCACGAUCCUGGUUUGGGCAGUAUCUGCACCACCGCAAGCGAAUACCGUCUCAACUGGCUCAAAUCGUGGUACAAGAGGUAGCAGGAGAGCGAACUCAAUAUCAGCGGGCAGCAACUUUCCUAGCUCACCUCAACCCAGCAUAGCCAGCAAUACACCUUUCAACUAUAGCCUCGUUCACAGGAUAGAACGACCCGACCGUGGACCACCAACAUCAAUAUCGCCUUUAUCACCAGCAGGCACAAGUUUUGUCGUUAGUUACGGUGAUGCAAGCGUUCUUAUUUUCGACACUAGGACUGGCGACGAGAUGGUCGGAAUGCAGAGUCAAGAGACCUAUGAUGGAACACCUAAUACUAGUAUCAAUGCCGUUGUUGCCAGCAGUACUGGCUUUGACACACGAGAAUCACCACCACCUCAAAGACGUGGCAGUAUGGGCGAGGAAGAUGUAUCUCACGGGCCAACAGGUGGUGAAGGUGGUGUGGAAGGGUUCGUCAUUGCUGGUUACGAAGAUCGCUAUAUCAGGUUCUUCGACGCUAAUUCUGGACAAUGCACGUAUACUAUGCUUGCUCAUCCGUCAGCCAUAUCCUCACUUUCACUCUCACCCGAUGGCCGCGAAUUGGUCUCGGGUGGCCAUGACGCCAGUCUGAGAUUCUGGUCCUUAGAGAAACGCAAUUGCACACAAGAAAUUACGAGCCACCGAAUAAUGAGAGGGGAGGGUGUUUGUGCCGUCGUUUGGAGUCCCGACGGACGAUUCGUGAUUUCUGCUGGUGGAGAUGGUGCUGUCAAGGUCUUUUCUAGGAGUUGA